AUGAUCACUCAAAUGGAACUGAUUGGCGACAACAAGAUUGGCGUUCUGCCGAAGAAAGUCGACCAACUCCAGAUGUGCCGCGAGAUCGCCGCCAGCAAGGACCUGACCGAGAAUGAUUCCUCGUUCAUGCUCGUCGACCUCGACAAGAUCACCGAAAGAUUCAACCUGUGGAAGCGAGAGCUCCCGAUGAUCGAGCCGUUCUACGCUGUCAAGUGCAACACUGACCCGGUGCUCGUUCGCAUUCUCGCAUCUCUCGGAUGCGGAUUCGACUGUGCCAGCAAAGAAGAAAUCGAUAUCGUGAUGGCUUGCGGAGUCGCCGCGGAACGUAUCAUCUACGCGAAUCCGUGCAAGACUCGCGGGUUCAUCCACCAUGCAAUGGAGAGAGACGUCCGAAUGAUGACUUUCGACAACCCCGAGGAGCUUCUCAAAAUUGCCAAGCUUCACCCGAACGCCGAGUACUUUUUCCUUUUCUAUUCUGAGGUUCUUUUUCUUUUUCAGAAUGAUUCUCCGCAUCGCCGUCUCCGACCCAACUGCCACGUGCCCUCUGAACCUCAAGUUUGGUUGCGAUCCGGUGCUUGCUGCUCCUCAACUGCUCAAAACGGCUCACGAGGAAGGCGUCAAUGUAAUCGGAAUUUCUUUCCACGUUGGCUCCGGGUGCAACGAUGCGACUGCCUACCGUACUGCUCUGAGCCACGCCAAGAACUUGUGCGAGAUAGGAGAGGGAAUGGGAUUCAAGAUGGACAUUAUCGACAUGGGCGGUGGCUUCCCGGGAGCUGAGCACCAUAACCCGUUCGAGAAGGUAAACUCCAAGUUGUCCAUUUCAAUACCUAAUGAACGUUUUGCAGAUUGCUGAAGUGAUCCGUGAUUCGAUCGACGAAUUCUUCCCGGAUAAGGAAAAGCGUUUGAUCGCUGAGCCGGGCCGUUUCUUCGCCGCCGGUCCCUUCUCUCUCGUGGCCAACAUCAUUCACGCAACUGAAGUUCCCGCUUCAAAGAUCACUAAGGAUCCGAAGGACAGCGCCAACCCAGGCUACAUGUACUACAUCAACGACGGCGUCUACGGAUCCUUCAACUGCAUCCUCUUCGACCACGCUCAUCCAGUCGGAGUGCCACUGUUCGACGUGGACCGCAACGAAAAGUUCAUGUCGACCAUCUGGGGACCGACUUGCGACAGUCUCGAUCUGGUGGAGGACAAGAAGCUGAUGGUGAAGAUGGAGGUCGGAGAAUGGAUGUACUACGAGGACAUGGGCGCCUACACCCUGGCCGCCGCCACCACCUUCAACGGCUUCGCGAAGCCAGUGCCGAUGUACGUGAUGAGCGAGGAGAUGUGGCAAUCGAUCCGUGACUCAUACCACAUUUAA